GGACGCGCAAACUGUCUGUGUUUCUCCACUUCGGUUCACUUCGCUCCACUCCUUCAUUUCAUUGCUGCUGCGCCUCCCUCCGUCCACAGCUGCGUGGGCGCUCGGCUGGAGGGACUGGAGGGGGGAAAUGCUCGCUUACUCGGGGAGAAACUUUCGCGCUCUUUCGGUGUCGUGACGCAGCCAUUUACCUGAGAAAAAUGGCUCUGCAAAACCUCACGUGCCAUUACGACAAACCCAUGAGCUUUUUCUACAACAACAGCGGCGCAGUUGACAAAUGGGACAAGACCCAGCUCAUUCUGGUUCAAGUGGUGGGCUCGCUCUUUUGCUGUUUCAUCCUGCUCUCCAACGCCAUGGUCAUCGCAGCUGUCAUUACUAACAAGAGGUUCCAUUAUCCUUUCUACUAUCUCCUCGCUAACCUCGCUGCCUCGGACUUUUUGGCGGGCAUAGCGUAUGUGUACCUCAUGUUCAACACGGGUGAGGUCUCACGGAAACUGACAGUGAAUGGAUACUUUAUCCGGCAAGGUCUUCUGGACAUCAGCCUGUCCGCCUCACUGGCCAACUUGCUUGUCAUUGCGCUUGAGCGUUACAUCUCCAUCAUGAACUUUAAAGUCCACAGCAACCUGACCAAAAGGAGGGUGACCCUGCUUAUCGUACUGGUGUGGGGCAUCUCUAUCUUCAUGGGUGCUGUGCCCAGUCUAGGAUGGAACUGUAUCUGCAACUUGAAUGACUGUUCCCAGCUAGCCCCCAUUUUCAGCAGGGGCUACUUGAUAUUCUGGUCAGUGUCUAACCUCGUCGUGUUCCUAGUGAUGGUGGCGAUUUACAUGAGGAUUUACGCCUACGUCAAGAAGAAGACGUCGUUGCUCACCCCACACACCAGUGGUUCCAUUAACCGAAAGAGGACACCUAUCAAACUCAUCAAAACCGUCAUGGUGGUACUUGGAGCCUUUGUGAUCUGUUGGACUCCCGGCCUGGUGGUUCUACUGCUGGAUGGUCUCAACUGCACCAACUGCAAGGUCAUGAAACUAAAGCGUUGGCUUCUUCUCCUGGCAGUACUGAACUCUGUCAUGAACCCCUGCAUUUACUCCUACAAGGACGAAGAAAUGUGGGCAACCUUCAAGAACCUCAUGCGAUGCAUCGGCAACGGUACUCGGCGACAGCGCUCCACGAGAGCCAACACCCGGCCGCUCAGCUCGACCCAGGAAACGGGCAACAGCAAGCCGCCUUCUGAAGAGAUGAAAAACGGCGAUCAUGAGAUCUACCAGACCUGAGAGUGGGAUUUGAUCUGAACUUUGAAGAAUAUUUGUUCACGUGAAGACAGAAAAGAUUCAUGAAGAUAAUGCGUAGAUGGGAGUCAACAGGUUUUUUUUCAUCUUCAAAGAAAAUGUUGUUUAGAGAGGAGUACCUGCACAGGCCUGCUGUGUUAGUCAAACGUUGGAGUUUUCGUGACGCUGACAAGUCACAACACUGAGACGCCUUGAUGAUGGGACUACUAUAAAUGCAGUUUUUUUUUCACCUGUGUCGGAAUUUCAGCAUUUUGGAGAUGACCUCUAAAGACAGAUUUUCAGUCUCGGUUAUUUAUGACUGAAACAAACAGUAAAAGUUAGACACUGGUCAAGUUUUUUCUUUUAUAUGCAAAAAAUAAAUGAUAAACUCCAAAGGUGAACUAUCAUUUAUUAUUAUAUGACAUGCUACAAACAAUGAACAAUACAGCAACUGAGGUCAUGUACAUACAUACACUCUCUGGCAACUACAUUAGGUACACUUGCUGCAUACACUGGUCCAGAGCCAUACUAUACAGUACACCAUUGUGGUGACAGCAAACUACAAACUUGCUUAUGAAUAGACACAUUUUCAAAUUGGUAGCUCUGCCAGUCUGUGUCAACCAUCCAUUUGUUGUCUUUUUAGAGACAAAACCUUUGACAUUUGAAUCUGGUAGGAUUACACAAAGGCACCUAAGUGUCAGUACAGUAAGGUGUUUUCCCAUGUCGUCAAAAAUGCUUCUGCCAUCGGAUGUAUGAUAGCUCACCACUUCACCUCAUUGUUUUUGCCUCUAUUUGCAGUCUUUGCCUGCGAGCCAAAGAUAAUAGUCCCUCAUAAACUUACCGCUGCUGAUUGAGACAAACUUGUUCUCCCUGUAGCAUUUCCCCACAUCCGCUUCAGCUCCCUUUAAUGGCUGCUGCUGCUCUGUUGAAACAAAGGCAAGAGGCUUGUAAAGAAAAAAAAAGAUGUCGUAACACACUGGAUUCCUGCUGGAGGUUUGUCACACAAUACCGUAGUUUACCUGCAGGAAGUGAGGAGGAUAUGACUGACGUAGACUACAUUGCUCCUUCCCAGACACUUGUGCUAUAAAUAACUGAUUGCUCUGACGAAUGCGCUUGCAGAUAGCCACUACGACAAGUCAACCUUCCUCGUAGCCUCGGAAAAGCUGUUGCAUGUUUUUUUCUUGGAAAUGUUCAAUUGUUCAUGUGUAUGCCACACAGAAUGCAUGUGUCUUUUUAGAAUAUCACAUUGGAAAUUUGAAUUUCAUAAAAAGACAAACGUAAAAAUACCUCUGACCAAUCUUGUUUUGUUUUUUUUUUGUUGGUUUUUUUUGGGGGGGGGGUGUAA